GAGAGGGCUGCUGGGGGGCAGGGUUGGGUUGCAAUUUUGGUCCUUUCUUCUUUGCCCGCCUCUUCUCCGAGUCCCAAUAAGAAGGGGGCUGAGCUGCAGUUGAGGUGCAGGAGGAUCUCUUAGGGGUAAAAUCCCAACAGGACUGGACACGGCCUCCCACCUGCCAGCUUCAUUCCAACUGUCUAACCCUUCCUGCGGCCACAAUGGUUGAGGCAUUCUGUGCUACCUGGAAGCUGACUGAGAGCCAGAACUUUGAUGAAUACAUGAAGGCGCUGGGAGUGAGCUUUGCUACUCGGCAGGUGGGGAACGUCACUAAGCCCACAGUGAUAAUCAGCAAUGAAGGGGACAAAGUAAUGAUCAGGACCCAGAGCACUUUCAAGAACACUGAAAUCAGCUUCAAACUUGGAGAAGAGUUUGAGGAAACUACCCCAGAUGACAGACACUGCAAAUCAGUUGUGACCCUGCAUGGAGACAAACUAGUUCAUGUACAGAAAUGGGAUGGCAGAGAGACAAACUUUGUUAGAGAAAUUAAGGAUGGCAAAAUGGUAAUGACUCUCACCUUUGGUGAUGUGGUUGCUGUUCGCCACUAUGAGAAAGCAUAGAAGCUACCUGUCCCCGUCCAGGUGUUACUUCUGCUGGAUGCAUUUAACUGCCAUCCACAACUGAACGUAGCUAAGUGACAUGAACAUUCCUGGCAUGAAAGAUUAAUGAAGAGCUUGUGGGUUGUUGGUUUUUUGUUUUUACUUUAUACCAUCAAAUUGGCAAACUCUUGUUCUGUAAAGUGCGACAGGUGGAACUUUGCAUUAAAUCUCUGAAACACUUGUCUUUGUUUUUUUACAAUAAAUGGAACAUAUUUGACAUGAUAUGGAAUGCAAUUCAAACUCAAAAUUAAAAUGUUUUUAAACCCA